UCAACUGCUUUUUAUAAUUCUCUCUCCCUCCCCUGCCAUCCAUUCUUAUAACAAGAAGAGUGGGCUAAUAAGAACACUGAAGAUUAUUAGAGACUGUGAUUACACUAUUUUCCGCCAUGAAGAACUUGAUCUUAAUAUUGGUCACCUUAUUGAUAACUGUCAAUACUACUAAUCAUCCAAAGUGGAGCCGGGAGCUAUUAGAGAAUGAAAAAAACUUAGAGAUCUUGAAAUAUGAUAUGGUUGUAGCUUUAGACGGUAGUGGUAAUUUCACUACCAUUUCUAAAGCCAUAGAAGCCAUUCCUAUGUUGGCUUCUAGGAUGAUUAUUAUAAAAAUAAAAGCGGGCAAAUACCAAGAGAAUCUAAACUUUCCCGCUAACAAGACUAAUAUUUUUUUGGUUGGGGAUGGAAAAGGCAUCACUAUCAUUACCGAAACCAAAAACGGACAUGCAGGUUACAAUACCUUGGACACUACAACUGUAGUUGUUGAAACUGAUACACUAUUUCUGGCGAGUAACAUUACUUUCGAGAAUACAGCAGGACCUUCAAACUAUCAAGCUGUUGCCCUAGCGUUAACAGGGCAUUUCUCUGCAUUUUAUAACUGUGAGGUGUUGGGAUAUCAAGACACCAUAUAUGUUAUGCAGGGUAGACAUUUUUUUGUGAAUUGUCUUAUUGAAGGAACAGUAGAUUUUAUUUUUGGCGAAAAGGGACAAGUGGUAUUACAAGAUUGUGAUAUCCAAGUGAGAAUUCCUCUCACAAACCAGUCGAAUGUCAUAACCGCUCAAGGAAGACAAAAUAACUUAGAGGGUGGAAUUGUAAUCCAAAAUUGUAGGAUUGGUGCCACUCAAGAGUUUGAAGGCGUCAAAGAGAAAUUCAAAACUUAUUUAGGGAGGCCAUGGAAGAAGUAUUCGAGAACUAUUGUCAUGGAAAGUUAUAUAAGUGAUAUAAUUGACCCAACUGGCUGGUUAGAGUGGGAGGGCACUAAUUUUGGUCUCGACACCUUAUUCUAUAGAGAGUAUAAUAACGUUGGACCUGGUGCUCAAACCUCUAAUAGAGUCAAAUGGGAGGGAUUCAAAGUGAUCACUGAUGCUAUUGAGGCCGAACCUUUCACUCCGAGAAACUUCCUUGAUGGUUUCAAAUGGUUAAAUUCUACUGGUUUUCCUUAUAAACUAGAUUUGUAA